AUGGAAUUGGAAUUGGGGUGCAAUUCAAAUGAGUAUAUAUCAGUCAAAAACUAUUAUGGACUUGAAGAAGAAACUUUUUAUCUUGUAAGCAAUUGCAGAACAUUCUUGACGCCUAGGUUGUUAGAGAUUCUGAGUCAGCGGCUGAAGGAGGCUUCGAUUCCAGUGACAGAGAAAGUUUACUGCCCUUACCCGAAAUGUUCAGCUCUAAUGUCUAUGGCAGAGGCUCUAGAACAUUCAAAACCUGCCAUAGUAGGAGCAGAAAGAUCAGGAGCCAGAAAGUGCGUAAAAUGCAACGGCCACUUUUGUGUUAAAUGUAAAGUUCCAUGGCACAACAACAUGACUUGUAUUCAGUAUAAAACGCUUAAUCCUCAUCCCCCGCAAGAAGAGGCGAAAUUGAAGAAUUUAGCAGCAACAAAUUUGUGGCGUCAGUGUGUAAAAUGCAACCAUAUGAUUGAACUCGCUGCCGGAUGUUACCACAUGACUUGCAGGUAUGGUUGAACCUCAUAUAUCCUUAUCAAGUUGAUGUCAUACUAUAUCAUAUGAAAUUCCUUAAACUUUUUGUUUUUCUUGUUUGACAUCUUAUUUUUACUGAAUUAUUCAAUCGAAAAUUAUCAGAAGAGAAACAGAACCGCCUCCAUUAUCUUUCACUGGAUAAAGUGGUUGGC